GGAGGACAGAAGUUACUGAAUUGAUCCUUUUUGAAAUGUUGUUUGAUUCCAGAAGGACAUCAGCAGUCCCUCUCUGUCCUGUGAACCCCUCUGGGCCGUCAGGCCUGAGGAGAAGAAUAAGUUUGAUGGGAUCUUUAAAAGUCUUGCUCCUGUCAAAGGCCUGCUGUCAGGUGAGAAGGUCAGACCUGUCCUCAUCAACUCCAAGCUUCCUCUGGACGUCCUUGGGAAGGUUUGGGACUUGAGUGACAUUGAUAAAGACGGCCAUCUGGACAAAGAUGAAUUUGCUGUGGCCAUGCACCUGGUGUACCGGGCUCUAGAGAAGGAGCCCAUCCCCGCCCUUCUCCCCUCGGCCCUCAUCCCUCCAUCAAAGAGAAAGAGGAGUCUGAGCUCAAUGACUGGUCCUGUUCCUGGGAUACCAGCCAGCCCCCCCCCUUUGAAGGACUCACUCCACUCCACACCCUCCCAUGGCAGCAUGACUUCCCUGAACAGCACCGGCAGCCUGUCCCCCAAACACAGCCUGAAGUCAGGACAGCAUUCACUGAACUGGGUUGUACCACUGUCAGAGCGCGGUCACUAUGACGACAUCUUCCUCAAGACGGAUGCUGAUCUUGAUGGCUUUGUUAGCGGACAGGAAGUGAAGGACAUCUUCAUGCAGUCUGGACUUUCUCAGAACAUUCUGGCUCAUAUAUG